UGGCCUUUUUUUUUUUCUCUCGUUUUGGCUGUUGGGCUGUAAAGAAGUGAUUGAUUUGGGAGUGAAAGCGCGGAAAGUGGCAGAUGCAGAUUGUUAUUAUUGGUGUUUUUUGCCAUUGAUUGAUGAUCAGAGCAGGCCUAAUCAUAGGAAUCCUGCGAAUUAUACGGUCACACAGAUAAUGCACGGGUCGACUCUCAAGUCAACCACACCCGAAGCAAUGAAUCUUGGUGAUUAGUAUACUAUAGAAUUAAUAAAUGAAAAGUAAAGGUAAUUUGAAAUUGAACGUGAGGGAGUAAAAAGACAAGAAUAUCCUUGGGUGUAAUGUCGCUGUCACAUUUGCAGGCGAGUCCAAAUGGAGAGUCCCGAGUCCCCACACCCAGCCAGCUCGUUUUCACUUCCGCUCAACUCAUUACUUACUUUCAUGUUCCGCAUGCGCGACCCUUCUUCCUCUCCCUCUCCUCUCCCUAACCAAAUUUGGCCAAGUGCUUUACUACUCUCACAAAUACACCUUAAUUAAAAAGAAAUUUGCCCCCGUUGACUGGAAGUGGCGGAGGGGUAGAUGGAUGUAGCAUUCGGGGCGGCGGUGGUGUUGGUGGCACUAGCAGUGAUGAUGAGAAGCUGCGAGUCAGAUCCAAACGACGAGGCGUGCCUGAGGCACCUAGCGAAGUCGUUAGAGGAUCCAAACAGGUCCCUACAGAAUUGGAUAGAAAAGAAUCUGGAAAAACCCUGCAACGACUCACUAUCCAACCUGCAAGGGGCAACCUGCAACAACGGCCGCAUCUUGAGGCUCUCCCUCAACAACCUCUCUCUCAGAGGAACCAUCUCUCCCUUCCUCUCCAACUGCACCUACCUCCAAUCACUCGACCUCUCCUCCAACGCCCUCACCGGACCCAUCCCUCCCGACAUCCAGUCCCUCGUCAACCUCGCCGUCCUCAACCUCUCUUCUAACCAACUCCAGGGCCAGAUCCCGCCACAGCUCACAAUGUGCGCCUACCUCAACGUCAUUGACCUCCAUGAUAACCUCCUCACUGGUCCCAUUCCCCAGCAAUUGGGCCUCCUCGUCAGGCUCUCCACCUUCGAUGUCUCUAAUAACAGGCUUUCCGGUCCCAUACCGCCUUCUUUGUCCAACCGGACCGGCACUCUGCCCCGCUUCAACGCUACCUCCUUCUUGGGGAACAAGGAUCUCUACGGCUACCCUCUUCCGCCCAUCAAGACCAGGGGUCUGUCUGUUUUGGCCAUUGUUGGGAUCGGGCUCGGGAGUGGCCUUGCCAGCCUCGUCCUCAGCUUCACUGGGGUUUGCAUAUGGUUGAAAGUCACGGAGCACAAGAUGGCUCUCGAUGAAGGCAAAAUCAGUCAGCUCAUGCCUGAUUAUUGAUUCUUCAGUAUAUACUAAUUCAAUUCCAUAAUGUUCCAAAUCCAAGAUUGUUGUCUUUUACCGAUCACGGGCCAUGGGGGGCAUAUACAUAUAGGUAAAUCUUUCUUUCCUCAUGACUAUUUUUAAGUUUUAACUAGUUCAUUUUUCCCCCAACUCCGAUUUUGAUCGGUUCUUCCUUCAAUUGUUGUUAUACUCUGUUUCUUAAUUAUUAUAAUUAGAGGUGCAUAAAUGGAAACAGCAUCAAACACAGUUGCAGGGUGCAGCAGCCAGCAACGCAGCUCAGCUUUAAUUUUUGAGUUCCUUGAUUUUCGUUAUCUUUGUAAAUUGUAACAUUAAGUAAAAGGAUGAUGAUGAUGAUUAUAGUGCGUUGGUUUUGGUUGGCACAUGGCACUAUGGCAGGGGUGGUAGGGUAGGGUAGUGGUACGGCUACAGGAAGCGCCGUUUAACUGCGAACUUGUCUCUCUGCCAGAAUGCUAUAACACAAACACCUAGACUGCAAUUUUCUAUUCUCUAAUUUCUGAUUUUCUAUACUAAAUAUUUGUAUUCAAACUUCAAAGUGCCGAUUUUUUUCUUUUUC